AUGAAUUGGCUCAGCCUCCUCGUCCUGCUGACUGUAGCUGGAAUGGCACAUGGGACAUGGGACAACUGUGGAUGGACUUGUGGCCUCCGACCCAUGGUGUCUGAAUCCAUACCUCAUGAUAAUGGCACAACACAUAUUGUGGGUGGCGCAGAUGCCAAGCCAGGGGCCUGGCCCUGGAUUGUCAGCAUCCAGCAUCCCUGGAUAGCAGGCACAAAGCAUUUCUGUGGAGGGUCUCUCAUCACUGCAGACUGGGUCCUCACAGCAGCCCACUGCUUUAACAAGAUCAAGGAAAUCAGCACCUUGAAUGUGUUGAUUUGGGCCACCCAGUUGACUCAGCCAGGCUCUGGGGCACAAGUGCGCAAGAUUAAGAACCUAUUUCGUCACGAAAACUAUAAGAGAAGUGAUAUAAGUAAUGACAUUGCCUUGCUAGAACUGAAUGAGCCUGUCCAGUGCAGCCCUUACAUCCAGCUGGCCUGUGUGGCUGAGCCCACCCUAAGCCUGUCAGAGCUGCAGAACUGCUGGAUUGCUGGCUGGGGUACAACCACAGAAGGAGACAGAGAAUCAAGUGAUGACUUGCAGGAGGCCAAGGUCCAGCUCAUCGAUCUCCAGCUGUGCAACAGCAGUGGCUGGUACGCAGGGGAAAUCCACACCCACAACGUGUGUGCUGGUUACCCAGCAAGAGUGCUGUGCAGAGAGGACAGAGAGAGUGCUAAUUUACAGGACCCCAAGCCAUUCACAGCCAGCUUCUGGAGGCUCAGGCACCUGAAUACAGUUCUGGCAAGGGCUGAGAGAGAGAAGGAGACAGCCCCAGUGCUGGCUGGUGCCACCAACACCACCUUAAUCAUCCUCUGUGUUCUGCUGCAGGGUGACAGCGGUGGUCCUCUCAUGUGCCAGGACAACAACGCUGACUACUGGUGGGUUGUUGGAGUGACCAGCUGGGGAAAAAGCUGUGCCAGAGCAAGACGGCCUGGAGUCUACACCUCCACUCAGUACUUCUAUGACUGGAUUCUGGCCCAGAUGGGGCUCAGCCCAUUUGGAAGUGCUUCCUGAACAGCAGGGUGGGCAGGAUCCAGGGCACAUUGCAGUGCGCAGGAAGUGUUUCCUGCU